ACCAAAAUAGAUUGCGUCGCGAACGCACUCGGUUCGCACUCCUGCGCAGUUCGAAUUUCGAAUCCUGUAUCUUUGUUUUAUCUCCGAAUAAAUAAAGCCGGUCGUGUUGUCCUGCUCGAACGCGUGAAGACAGACUGCGAUGGAUAUACGAGUGUUGUGAUAAUUUUUUUAUUGUGAUGAUGUUCCUUUUGAUAUUGUGUGCCUUUGCCUUGCCAAGGACUGAAGGGUCGGUAGGUGAUCAGAUGACAGAGAUCACCCAGUUGUGCUGCAACCAGGGCACCUCGUACGCCAGCAACCACACCCUGGAGGACUGCUCCUCAUCCAUACCGCCUGACGUGCCAUCAGAGUUUGGUUCACUAUGCAUAUUCGCUAUGGACCAUUGCUGCAAGGAGUAUUUCCAGAAGAAGAGUGACUGUCAUAAUGGUAUCUCCAUUGCUACGAGGGCCAGAUCUUGCAGCUCCACCAAGGAAAAUGCUAAGAAAUGUUGCGAGCAGUGCUUGUCCGGCUCCGCAGCUGGUAGGCUGAAAGGUCCCUCGUCUUGUACGGCGCUAGUCAAAGGCAAAACCGCCGAGGAGUUGCUGACUGGGGAUGCUUUCACGAAAUGCUGCCAGGAUGCGACAAAAACUCACGAGAGUCUCAAGCAAGUACCUGUGGUUCGCAAUAGAAAUUCUGUUACGAUUUCAAGCAAACCUGCUGACGAUGAUGUAGCGUCAGUGUGCGAGGAAUACGCUCCCAAUGAGCUCUGUGCUCAUCACUGUAUCCCAAUACCUGGUUCUUACAAAUGUGAAUGUAAACCUGGAUUCAUGCUCAUGGCAGAUGGGAGAAAUUGCAGAGAGGUAACAAAGAAUCGAUGUAAGCCACGUAAUCCAUGCCAGCAUAAAUGCAAUGAUAAUGGUGUAGAAGUAAAAUGCUCAUGUAUAAGAGGAUACAGGUUGAAGGCUGAUGGAAAGUCAUGUGAAGAUAUAGAUGAAUGCACAUUAGAUCCACCAGUGUGUCUAGCAAAUACCAAAUGUUUCAAUGUGCUCGGCUCCUAUAAAUGUAUUCCACUGAAGACUCCAAAAGGUAAUACAGAAAAGGGACAGUGCCCAGCAGGAUUUGCAAGGAAUUUAGCAAACAACGUAUGUGAUGAUAUAAAUGAAUGUAAACUGCCAAGCCCACCAUGUCCAAGCUAUUUGUGUGAAAAUACCAUUGGUGGGUACAAAUGCGGAGGUGUUAACGGUAACCCAGCUUAUUUUGGAAACAAACUGAUACCAAAGGAGGAUCGCUGCCCAACUGGCUUCAAAGCUGGAAUAAAUGAAGAAUGUGAAGAUGUGGAUGAAUGUGCUAGAUCCGAGGACGAUUGUAACAAACUAUCGCAGUUUUGCAUCAACACUCAUGGGGAUUUCUAUUGCCAAGACAAAACUUCGAGGCACUGUCCACCGGGAUUCAAAGCUAAUGUCUUGACAAAUAAAUGUGAAGAUAUUAAUGAAUGUGAAGAUGGAGAAGAUAUUUGUAGACCUGAUCAAAUUUGCGUCAAUGUGCCUGGACAGUAUGAUUGUAAAACGAAACCUGGGAUGGAAACCCAUGCCGUAAAGUGUCCUGAAGGAAUGAGAUUAGAUAAGAACACAAAAAGAUGUGAAGAUAUUGAUGAAUGUGUAGAAGGUACUCAUUUGUGCGAUCAGCACCAAAAUUGUUUGAACCUUAAUGGGAGUCAUGAGUGUCGAUGCAAGCUCGGAUUUGAAUUGGAUCCUAUUACUGGAUCUUGUACUGAUAUAAACGAGUGUGCAACAGAUCAAAACGACUGCAUACCGGAGUCACAGAGAUGUGAUAACACAGUUGGAUCAUAUCUUUGCAUCCGUUUCAUAUCUUGCGGUACAGGUUACAUCUUACAUCACUCAUCUGGGAAAUGUGAAGAUAUUGAUGAAUGUACGCUUGGGAGACAUAACUGCGAUCGAGCCGGUCCAGAGUAUCAGUGUGUGAACAUUCCUGGGUCAUUUAGAUGUCAGAAGAAAACUACUACCCCCGCACCAACGUCAGCUAAACCACAAGAGGACGAAUAUGAAUAUUACUAUGAUUCAGAAGAAGAAGUUGAUGAAAAUGAAGUGAAUAAAACCAAAUAUGAAAUAGUUACAUCACCGACUGCAAACACUUCUGCGACUUCGACUUCAACAUCAACUUCAACCUCGACUUCGACCUCGACCUCGACUUCGACCUCGACCUCUACUUCAACCACAACAUCGACUACAACUUCCACAACUACUCCCAAGCCAUAUCAGCCUCCAAUAGUUCAACCUGACAUCCGGUACGAAGAACCUAAAAUUAUACAAAACAAGAGUCCCAUAGAUGAAGAUGAAGCAAUAAACAACGAAAUUGAUAUUCCUACAACACAGAAGACACCCGAUGUUCAAAAAGUACCUGAAAACCGUGAUGUGAAAUUGUACAACCCAUUUAAUGCAAAAGACCCUAUUUACAAUUACCCUACAGAAAUAUAUUAUGUGCCCAAACAAAUUGACACAAAAACGCCUAAUACUGAGAAAAAUGAGAUAUCAGAUGUAACUGAAACUACUUAUAGUCCGAUACCUUCAAAACCCACGUCACCGACAAUAGUUAAUGUUAAUGUUGGAAAAGAUUCUGCAACGAUAAACGCUGACAGAAAAGACGAUGGCUCUCUUGUACUGGAUACAAAUAAAGUGCCUAAAAAUAAAUGGACUAAAAUAAAUGAAAAACCAACAGAUUGUCAAGCGGGAUUUGUAAUGGAUUCCUAUGGCGCAUGCAACGAUAUAGACGAGUGUGCUACUAAUCAGCACAGUUGUUCUGGACUAACAGAAGUUUGCCUCAACACAUUUGGAGGAUACCGCUGCCAAUGUCUUCCGAAUUUCUGGCGGGAUUUAUCUUCAGGGGUGUGCAUUCCUAUCCCACCCCCUACGUUGCCAACUACUUCUUCUACAACAACCUCAACAACUACAUCAACAACAACCACAACAACACCAGCACCAACUACGUCAUCAACACGAAGCUACUUCUAUGGAUAUCCAGAUUAUCGAAAUGAAAAACGACGUCCAUUUAGGCCAAGAAGUGAUUGUGAUAUAGGCUACAUUUAUAAUGCAAGAACCGGCCAGUGUGAAGAUGUGGACGAAUGUAGCAUUGGUCAAGCAAACUGUGCGUCUGUUGAAAUAUGCGUCAAUACAGAUGGAGGGUACAGAUGCGACUGCUUACCAAAUUGGACUUUUGAUAGCAGCAGACAUAGAUGUGUACCUAUCCGAAAUCCUGGACAGUUUCCACCAGGAUUUGACAAUGAGCCUGAUCUUUCUCCACCACGGCCGUUGCCACCUCCAGAAUUACCAGUUGAAAAAGAAGUGAAAAAACCUGAAAAAAAAGUCGACAUUCCACCCUCACUCUGCCCAUCGGGAACAAUAUUAGGACCCGGCAAUUCAUGUGAAGAUAUAAAUGAAUGUGCGACUGGUGAAGCGCAAUGUGGACCGAUGCAGAAGUGUACCAACCUGUACGGAGGAUACACCUGCAGUUGUAGUCCAGGGUACAGACUGGUGGGAGACCAUGUGUGUGAGGAUGUAGACGAAUGUGCUGUAGCUGGGAGAGUGCCAGCUUGUUCACAUAAUGCUGACUGCGUGAACACUUUAGGGUCAUAUCAGUGUGUUUGCCAUGAAGGUUUCCGAGCUGCUCCAAAAGCCGAUAAGGUGUGCAUAGAUGUGGAUGAAUGUUCAGAAAAACCUUCAGGAACCAUCUGUUCGCAAAUAUGUAACAAUGUUUGGGGUGGCUACCGAUGCUCCUGCUAUAGAGGCUAUCGUCUCAAUCCGGAUAAUCGCACCUGUUCUGACAUUGACGAAUGUAAAGAGUACAAGUCUAAGAACCUGUGCGUAGGGCAAUGCGUGAACCAACAGGGUACGUUCAGCUGCGCCUGCCCGCCCGGCUACCGGCUCUCAGAGGAUAGCAGGAGUUGUAUUGACAUCGACGAAUGCGAGACCGGUGUGGCGCCAUGCGCGCACAGCGAGCCAGGCCCAACUACGAACGAGGUGUGCCUCAACACGCGCGGCGCCUAUCGCUGCCACCGCAUCGUGUGCCCACCCGGGUACAGACUAGUGGAUAAACACCGCUGCUCCAAAAUCGAGACCCAGUGUCCGGUACAGGACUACGAGUGCACGCACCAGCCCAGCACCUAUUCAUACAACUUUAUCACAUUCGUAUCUAACCUCUAUUUGCCUGAUGGAAAGGUUGAUCUCUUCCACAUGCGCGGUCCAAAUUUCCCGAAUUCGCAGUUGAAGUUCGAACUGAAGUUAGUGGAUGUAAACGCGCCUCCAUCGGUAAAGGAAAGGGCAGACAUGAGGAACUUUAGAAUAAACCAACAACACAGUCGGGAAGCUGUAGUGUCGCUAGUGAAGUCCCUCAAAGGACCACAGAGUAUAGAACUGGAGGUAUCAAUGGAGUUGUACAAACAAGGGAUGUACGAGGAGUAUGGGGGCAAAGUUGUAGCGAGGCUGUUUAUACACGUGUCAGAGUAUGAGUUCUAAGCCCUGAUAUAAUCUCAGUUAGUAAAAUGAUAAAUAAAGUAAAUUGUAAUAAA